ACACACACACACACACACACACACACACACACACACACACACACACCAGCAUUCCAGGGCCAGAGGUCGGCUGCGCGGCUUUUCUGAGCGUUACGGCGCGCUCCUCCCGCCCCCGCGCGGCGCGGGCAGGGACCCACUGGUUCCGCUCCGCACCAGCAGCGGAGACCUGACCCUAGGGAGCGGGACCCCGCGGUCCCGACACUCUGCUCGGUUCAGGCUACAGGCCCGUAUGGAGGGGACUGCAGAGUCCCAGACGCCUGAUCUGCGAGACGUGGAGAGCAAGGUGGGCAGGAAGACCCCCGAAGGGCUGCUCCGCGGGCUUCGAGGGGAGCGGGAGCUGGGACCCUCCGGCACCCUGCUGCUCCCCGGGGCGCCGAGCUCGGGCCAUGGGCUGGGGGACAAGAUCAAGGCGCUGAAGAUGGAGCUGGCUUACCUGCGAGCCAUUGACGUGAAGAUCCUACAGCAGCUGCUGACUUUGAAUGAGGGCAUUGAGGCGCUCCGCUGGCUGUUGGAAGAACGGGGAACAUUGACCAGCCACUGCAGCAGCCUCACCAGCAGUCAAUAUAGCCUGACAGGUGGGAGCCCAGGCCACUCAAGGAGAGGCAGCUGGGACAGCCUGCCAGACGUUGGCUCCACUGACCAGCUGGACAGUGUCUCCAUUGGCAGCUUCCUGGACACCGUGGCACCCCCUGAGCUGGAUGAACCGGGCAACCUUAGGGCUCCCCAUCCUGAGAUGGACUGGGCAAAGGUUAUACCUGGUGGGGAGAGGGCCAGGACUGAGUUGGACCUGACAGCCACCAAGCUUGGGAGCUUGAGGGCUGUGUGGAAGCCCCCAGAGGCGGGGCUCCAAGGUGGACCUCCUGAGCCACCAGAGGAUGAAAAUGCCGAGCUGGGCUUUGAGGUCCACUGGUACUGGGGGCAGUGCCAGGAUGAUGUGACCUUCCUGUAACAACAUUUCCACCCUUUUGUUCUGCUGUGGCUCUUUCUUCACUAGGCCCUAGUCUCCCUUGAAAUUUAUUCUCUCUCAAUUUGGGACUAGGAAGAGGUUGCAUUGAAAUCAGUUACCAUGGAAAUCUGGCCCCACCAUCUCUUUGGUCCUUGGCGAAGCUGUGCCUCUAUCCCUCAACUAUUGGGUAUAUAUAGAUAUAUAUAUAUUUUUUCCCCCAUAGAUAUAUUAACUCUAGAGCAGGGGUGGGAAAUGUUCAGCCUAUGGUCCGCAUAAGGAAAUCAUUUGGUUUGGCCCUGCCAAGGCAUUAGGGAUGAGUUACCUAAAUGUUUGACCAAGUAUAGCAGGCUAAUAUUUAAGUUGAUAAUUUUGUAUGGCCCGUGAACGAUGUUAUAAAUAUCCAAAUGGCCUUUGGCAGAAGUUUCCCCACCCCUGCUCUUGAGGGUGUGAUGGUCUCUCUUUCCUUUUCCUCCAUAACUACGUAAGGAUUUGAAGGAUUUAGGGCCCUUAGGAGGUCACUCAUGAAGAGAAUAAUGGCUUCACUCAGUGUCUAAGAGCCUUGGCUGUCUUCCCCCCUUCCUCUCCCCCAAACCUUGGCCAAGAUGGAUAGCUGUGGAGGGACAUGGUCACUCAGGAUUAGCCUUCCUAGUAACCUUUGGGGUUGGUAGAACCACGGUUUCCUGUUUGGUGAGUGAUGUCAUUGCCUGCCAGGAUGGAUUAGCCUUUCCACUGAACCAGUCAUUUUGGUGGUAAUAGGUCAGUAUAGCGUAUCUGAAUCCCUGCUGCUAAGUGGGACCAUGCCAUUUAUUCUCCAAACCAUUACUUCUCAUGAGGGGGAACAUACCGCCCCUCCUGACAAGAAACUUUCUCGCUGUCAGAUAUUUACGCUUCUUUCCAGAAAGGUUCAUACUUUUUAAACAGGGUUAUUCUCAUUUCAUCCUAGGGGAUCUCGCUUCCUCUGUAACCACAUCCCCGCCUGGUGCCAGCACUCCUAUAUCUGUGCGUUCAGGGAGGGAAACUGGCAAGGGCCUCCACCUGCUGCUCUCAAAAGUCUUGGCCUGCCCUGCCACAGUCAGUUCGUGUUUUACCCUGUCCCUGGGUUGUCCCCAUUCUUGUAUUCCAGCUCCAAAUCUGUCUGCCAGGAGGUUCAGCCUUUGUGUCUCCACACCUUCUCAGUUUCCACUUCCACUUCAGGCCUCAGGCCUUUUAUAUGCAGAUGAGUCCCCAUUGCUUAGGGAGGACAAGCUUGAGGUCUCAGAGCUCUGGAGGCGUACCAGAAUCUCCAAAGUGAGGAGGUGUCUUCUUUUCUAACCCCGUGAUUCCCCCUCCCCCACCUUGCCCCGACCCUCUACCAUUUGAUCCAAAGGACCUGCCCAGAGACUGGGACACAGGAAUCCCCUUGUUUGAAUUACAAUGGGGGGUGUGGUGUGGCAGGGAAAGACAGAGGCUCUUUAGUCCUAGGGCCCACAUCCCGAGGAGAAGGGAGGGAUUGAGGGAAAGGCCACUUUCCUUCCUCCCUUAGAGCAAGCCCUAGACUCCUAGGACCUGAGGAGGGAGCAGGGGACUGGCUCUGGGCCUGGGUCCCAGGGCCCUAAAGAAUUGCACCAAAGAAAGAAUUCAGGGAAGCUGCCAACCUGAGGCUCGGGGAGGGGACAAGGGUUGAUGUCAAAGAAUGAAUUCUUGGAAAUUAACCCUUUGAACCCCAGGUAACUGCCCAUAAGUCGGUCCCUAUCUUUCCUGGGCCCUGAAACUAGAUUAUUGGAAGGCGAAAAGGAUAUCAGGUGAUCUUUGCCUAUUUGCUGUACCCUCCUGAGUUGUAGGAGUCAUCCCCAAAUCCUAGAAUAACUGCUGCAAUUUCUCUACUUUUCAUUCUAUGCUGGAGAAGGGAAGGAAGCCAGGUUGAUCAUCUCCACUUCCCCUAAACUCAAUUCUUACUCUGCACCCCCACCCCAAUCAUUGUGGGACAAUACAUUCAGUCCAUGGCUGUCCCCUAAAGACCCUCUCUCCUCCUCCCAUCCCCUCAAUGUGAUUGAUAUCACUAAAAUGUAUUCUUGGCCUCUCCUCUGCUGCCCACCAGCCCUCCCCUUACCACCGCUCCUGGUCUUGGGGCUCCUGACCCCCUACCCCCACCCCGGGGGCUGGAAAUUCAAAUACCCUUUUCUAAUUCCUACUCUGUUGCCAUUUUGUAGUGUGCCCUUGGAGAACUGCUUUGUAUUCCUUUUUGAAGCUUGCUUAUUUGUUUAGGCUACAAACUUCUGAGCUGAAGAAGUUGCCUGCCAUCCUGUGGUCAUUAUGCACCAUUGCCAUGAGUGGCUGGGGGAACCUCCAAAUUCAAACACAGACUUACAGAAGACCAGCCCCUUCAGUGCACAGACUGGAGAGAUGGGCCUAGAGAGUCAGAGACUUGCCCGGUGUCAUCCAUGGCAAUGCCCAGGUUAGAGAACCCAGGUGUCUCCCGCCUGCUUGCCUGCCCACAGUUCUAUCACUUGGUUAGACUGUUCCUCCACCUCACCCAGUUAAUACACCCAAGCCUAAAGGGACUGAAAGCAAUUUUUCCCUAUUUUCUUUGUUAUUUUUAAAAUAUAUUUCUUUAUUGAUUUCAGAGAAGAAGGGAGAGGGAGAGAGAGAUAGAAACAUCGAUGAUGAGAGAGAACCAUUGAUUGGCUGCCUCGCGCAUGACCCCCACUGGGGAUGGAGCCCACAACCCCGGACAUGUGCCCUUGAGCAGAAUCGAACCUGGGACCCUUCAGUCCGCAGGCUGAUGCUCUAUCCACUGAGCCAAACCGGCGAGGGCAAUUUUCCCCUAUUUUAAUAUUUGGGUACUCAUCCUACUGUAAAGAGGCAGCUCCGUGUUUAGAAAAGGGCUAUAGGCUCUGAGGAAAGAGAACCUCGGACCUGGAUUGAGUAAAAGGUACACGAAUCUGGACUGCAGAUAUAAGGAAAAUCAAUCCUGGACCAUUUUUCUGGGAAGGGCGGGUGAGUAGGGCCGAAAAUCAUGGGGUCAAAACUCCACUCGGCGGAGAUUAGAAGUGGGGUCUGGGGUGGAGAGGUUUGAGAUUAGGAAAUCCAGAUGGGUCCUACAGAGUUGGGGGCUCCAUAUGUCAGGGUAUUACAAGGAAAUGCGACUUUUUUUUAAGUGGGUAAUUAGGUAAUUUAAAACAUUUAAUUCUUAGCAAUCCUAUAAGCAAUGCAUUAUUAUCAAUGUAUUGUUGCUUAGACAUUUGCUCAGGUAGUGAUAUAAGUAAUAAAUGAAUGGUAAUAUGAACCUAGUUCAGUAUGAUUGCAGGGGCUCGACUGGAUAGGCAUGUGAGGGUGUUGAGGAGCUGGAGAGGUUCGGUGAGUUGGGAUGCCUGGGCACUCCAGGUAGGUCUGGGCAUCCUAUCUUAAUAUCUUAUACCCUAUUUCACUAACAGAGAAGUUCAGGAACCCAGGAAACACACAUCCUUGUUCCCUCCUACCAGCCUUUGGACCUGCUGCUUGAGACUUAGCUCUCCUGUUAACUUAGACCUUCCUAGCUAGCUAGGAGAAAGAGAAGGGAGGGAAAGGGGGAGAGGUAAGAGAGAAUGAGAUGGAAGUGGAGUGCUACAAGUAUGACCGGAGGGACCAUAUUGUCCUCCAAGUGGGCCCGAGGCUUUUGUCAGGGCUCAUGAUAAAGGCAGAGAUGCCCGUGCUCUUGGCCACUGCAGAAAUAGUGCCUGAGAGGGUAAGGGUGGUGCUGACUGGGGUGGGUACAUCAUGAAGACACGAGACCAUGUGAAUGGACAAGGGUAAGGGCCUGCAUUUAGGAUGGGGGCAGUGAGGCUGAGCACUGGACUGACUGGAAGCCCGGUGGCACCUUGGGUGAGAAACGCUUGGGGCUUGUAGACACAAGCUCACUGUGCGUGGUGCCAGGCACACCGGGUGUUCAGUGACACCUGUUGACUGAAUGGAGGAAUGAAUGUGUAUAAACCCACAAGGAGAUGUGACUUUUUUAAGUGGGUAAUUAGGUAAUAGGUAAUUUAAAACAUUAUUUAAUUCUUAGCAACCCUAUAAACAAUGCAUUAUUAACAAUGUAUUGUUGCUUGGACAUUUGCUCAGGUAGUGAUAUAAGUAAUAAAUGAAAGGUAACAUGAACCUAGUUCAGUUUGAUUGCAGGGGCUUCUAGGAAAUCUACCUCUCCACUUUCCACUCUCACCAACCUUACUUUCCUAGGAGAACAGAUUAGUGCUGCCCAGCGGCAGGGCCAGCAUACUAGUUUCCUAUUGCUGCUGUAAUGAAUGACCAUAAACUUAAUUGCUUAAAUUAACACAAAUGCAUUAGCUUACAGUUCUGGAGGCCACAGCUCUGAAAUCCGUUUCAUUGGGCUAAAUUAAAAGUCGAAAUGUUGACACGCUUGCAUACCUUCUGGAGUCUCUAGGGGAAAAUCCACUUCUUGGCCUUUUCCAGGUUCUAGACCAGCCAGGCUGCUUGCAUUCCUUGGUUCAUGGCCCCUUCCUCCAUCAUCAAGCCAGCAGCACAGCGUCUUCACUCCUCGGACCUCUGCUUCCAUCCUCUAAUUCUCCUGUUUCCUCUGAUGAGAAUUACAUUCUGAUUACAUGUCUUUGUAAUUAUAUUGGGUCCACUGAGACAAUCCAGAAUCAUCUCCCCACCUCAAGAUCUUUAACCAUAUCUUCAAAGUCCCUUUUGCCAUAUAAGCUAAGAUACUAACAGGUUCUGGGAAUAGGACAUGAACAUCAACCACGGGCAGAGAUGGAAGGUGGGCAGAAGGAUGCACCCAGGGCCAGAAUGAGCCUCUAUGCGUUGUCCAGCCUCUCUUAGGCUGGUGCCAAGGGAGACAGGUCCAGGCUCCAUGUCUGGAGAAUAGCAAGUGCCUCCUGAAUCAUCACUACCGGGAAGAGGUGAGAAUGAAGGUCUCAGUUUAGGGAACUUUUCAGGCCUGAAAUUCUGCUGGACACCUCUGUCUUCAACAUUGCCUCCUCUCCAGAAACAUUCUGUACUCCUCAAGGCAGAAGAUAAUUACCAUCAAACUAGCCAAGGCUCUCUCUGGAAAGGGUAGAUUUUUCUCCUUCUUAAAAAAAAAAAAAGAUUGAUUUUAGAUAAAGUGAGAAACACCAGUUUGGCCCUGGCUGUUUUGGCUCAGUGGAUAGAGCGUUGGCCUAGGGACUGAAGGGUCCCGGGUUCAAUUCUGGUCAAGGGGACAUGCCUGGGUUUCAGGCUCGAUCCCCAGUAGGAGGUGUGCAGGAGGCAACAGAUCAAUGAUUCUCAUCAUUGAUGUUUCAAUCUCUCUCUCCUCUCUAAAAUCAAUGAAAAAUAAUAAUAUAUAUAUAUCUAAAGAAAAACAAUAUUUGAAAAAACAAACAAACACAAGUUUGUUCCACUUAUUUAUGCAUUCAUUGGUUGAUUUUUAUAUGCACCUUGACCAGGGAUUGAACCUACAGCCUUGGCUUAUUGGGAUGACACUCUAACCCACUGAGCUACCUGGCCAGGGUAAUUUUUUUCUUAUUUGUUAUUCUUUAAUAGUUAAACUCUCAUCAUCAGUUUAUACUAGGUCUCUUGUUUUAUUUGCUUUUGAUCCUUGAUCCUUAUUCUCAUUCUUCCCCCUGACCCAGGCAUACACUCCAGUGUGUUCACUAUGUCUUUGUGCAUGUAUGUGUCUUUAAAUAUAUACAUACUAGAAGCCCGGUGCACAAAGUUUGUACACAGAUAGGGUUCUUAGGCCUGGCCGGCGAUCAGGGCCAAUCUGUGGGACAACUGGUGUGGCGAUUGAGGGGCCCCCACUGGCUCCUGCCUUGGCUGGCCUGGUGCCCACCCGCUCACUGGCCCCGCUCCCCACCGCUGCUGCUCGCCUCCCUCUGUGAGGUGACUGGUGGGGAGAUCAGGGGAGCCCUCUGCCGGCACCCGCCUUGGCUGGCCUGGGGCCUACGGGCUGGGGGUAGCUCCUGUGUUGAGCAUCUGCCCCCUGGUGGUCAGUGCGCAUCAGUGACUGGUCGUUCCGCCGUUCAGUUGAUUUGUAUAUUAGGCUUUUAUUAUAUAGAAAACUUAUGUGUUUUAAUAUAUACAAAUGGUAUAACUUUAUAAUGAGCUAACUUUUAUAAUGAAUUGCUGAUUUAACACAAUAAAGAUUUAUUUUUAACUUA